GACACCAUCAAUACAGAGGGAAGCUGAAGUGAGAGUGGCUGGACGAUGUUAUAUAAUUCGUUGUACCUUCCUUAUCCUUGAAUUGGUGCGCAUUGAGAACUACUUCUGGUUGUGUGUGCUUGGAAUACGCUUUAACUAAUCGUCUAAACAAUGAUGCUGUCAGACCAUAACACAGAUGAGCAGCCACCAGGGGAGCUACCUGAACACCAGGUGAAGGAGCUGCUCAUGGAGGUGCGACAUCAAACUAUUCUUCACUGGAAUUAUAGAAGACUGAGGUCUCUUCCGAAGCAACUUUUAGAGGAAGGGUCACAUAUUCGCCAUAUUUACUUGAAACGCAAUCUGUUAACGUGCUUACCUGAGAACUUGGGAUCUCUUGCACAGCUGACCUACUGCUAUCUCCAUGGGAACUUGUUGAAGGCGUUACCGGACUCAAUUGGUGAUGUUACCUGCUUACAAGUCUUGGAUGUCGGCAAUAAUAAAAUCACAAGCCUGCCCCAUUCAUUGGCCAAGCUUACAUCGUUAAGGUCGCUGGUGGCAGUCUACAAUAAAAUUACGAGUUUCCCUAAAGACCUGUGUCGACUUCGAAGCCUCUCGGUGCUAAUGCUGAGCGGCAACAAUAUAACCCACCUUCCGGAGGCCAUUGGAGGACUCACGGGACUUCAGGGCCUCUACAUUGACCACAAUCAGCUGAAGGAGUUGCCACGUUCAUUGGCCACUCUGCCGAUGCUCACCCGUAUCUCGUGCUGUUGCAACUCUCUGACUCACCUUCCAGCUGUCACCUUUGUGAGCAGACCCACCCUGAGCCUUUAUCUCGGCCUUGGUCGGCUGGAACAACGGCGUCCCAUGGCGGUGUUUGCUCCUGCCCGCCUGGUGUUUCUGCUUCCCGUUGGCAACUGCCGGAGCACGUAG